UCCUUCGAUUUCCGCCUCCCUUCCCAAGCCUGCCAGUGGCCGUCCCCGCCGAUUCUUUCUCUAGACAGCCGACAAAGACGUUGGCUCUUUCGCUGACCGCGGUGGGAGAUCCCCAGCCAACCACGUUCUCCUCGUCUUUAAGCGGAACGGCUGUUUCGCAGCUCGAGCGCCCGCCCGGUCGUUGUUUGCGGAGGGACGCCGCUCUCAGGCGCUGCUUGGGACAGCUGAGGAGCAGCGAGGAGUGGCAGCGGCGGAUCCGGUUGCGAGGGGGGCUCGUCAUCAUGGAUGACCAGGGUUGCCCCCGGUGCAAGACCACUAAGUACAGGAACCCCUCUCUCAAGCUGAUGGUCAACGUCUGCGGGCACACGCUCUGUGAAAGCUGUGUGGAGCUGCUGUUUGUCCGAGGGGCUGGGAACUGCCAAGAGUGUGACACCCCUCUGCGGAAGAGCAACUUCAGAGUGCAGCUCUUUGAGGACCCAGCUGUUGACAAGGAGGUGGAAAUCCGAAAGAAAGUGUUGAAAAUAUACAAUAAAAGGGAGGAUGACUUUCCCAGCUCAACAGAAUAUAAUGAUUUCCUGGAAGAAGUUGAAGAAAUUGUGUUCAACCUGACCAACAACGUGGAUAUGGAAAGUACAAAAAAGAAGAUGGAGAUGUACCAGAAGGAAAACAAAGAAGUCAUUCAGAAAAAUAAGAUCAAACUAUCUCUCGAGCAAGAGGAGCUGGAAGAGGCUCUGGAAGGUGAGCGUCAGGAGAAUGAGCAAAGGCGGCUUCUUAUACAAAAAGAGGAGCAAAUGCAACAGAUGCUGAAAAGGAAGAACAAGCAGGACCUUCUGGAUAAACUGGAAAGUUCGCAUUUGCCUGCUUCUUUGCUUUUGGCCCAGCACAAAGACCGGUCUGCCCAACUCGAAAUGCAACUGGAGAUUCCCAAACCAGUCAAGCCGGUUGCGUUUUCAACUGGCAUCAAAAUGAUAUCUAAACCAUGUCCGAGCCGCCUCCCCACAGGAUCUCGCUGGUGGCUACACUUCCUCCCUUGCCUGUCAUCGAGCCCUUCAAGAUGCCUUCAGCGGGCUGUUCUGGCAUCCCGGCUAGCUUGGGAGUAAGCCACAUUGGAGCAGAGCAAGCAAAGACCUCAGGCCUCCCACACAUGUUAGGAACCACCAUUUAAGAAUCCCCAUUUCGAUGCCCAAUGUGAGGCAAAGGAUUCAGAUUCAAAGUGCAAGUUCUAAACCCUUGCAGCAAUCCUACCUCUCUCUUUGGUGACCUUACCUGCCAGAGAAGACAGCGGCUUGUACAACACCUUGGCUGGGAGAGAGAAGGUGAUGCACAUCAUUUCCUUAUUGGGCGCAACAUUCCUCACCAAUUCCACAGAGCAAAGGCCCUCUAAGGAAGUUCCCAAGCAAGUUUCGACUCUAUCCUGAACAUCUUGUACAGGGUUGUCAUGCUUGGAAAAGGAGUAGCAGUGCACUGUGGGAAGGUCAGCACUGCUUGGCUCUCCGUCCAAGAGGUGCCUGAAGAUACCCAAGAAUUCAACUGCCAUGGCUGGCAAGUUCAUGACAAUAUGCAGGGAGCACUUGCGCUCCUUCAAAGAAAGCUGAUUUUCCAGUUCUUCCUUCACCGGGCCCUCUAGGAAAUCUCUGCCGUCCAUGUUGAAGACUUUGACUUUCUUGUCCACUUUGUUUAGCUUACAGUUGCGCUGCAGCCACUUGUAGGAUUCAGGGUUGAGAUCAUUUGCAAACACAACACAGCCCUUCUUUGCUGCAGGAACUGCAAAAGGCCCCACCCCGGCAAAGACGUCAAAAAGAAGGUCGCCCGGCUUUAGGAGGUUGAUGAUGCGCAUGUGUUCUGUGGAGAGGCGAGGGUUCCAGUAGACUUUGGAAAAAUCAAAUUCGUACACGAGGUGGUUUUCCUUAACCUGCAGGAGUUCAAAAUACUGGGUUGGUCUCCAAGAGUCAAAACCCAGGAAGAGCGAUGCACUAAAAAGCCAAGACUACACCUGAUCUUUGGGGUUUCCCCAUUGCCCCAAGAGCCUGCAGAGCUCCACAGCAGAAGUGGGGGCUCCAGAGCAUGUUUAAAGCUCUGGAUUGCAGUUUAAGGGCAAGUCUGCACCAGAAGUUCUUUUUCUUUUCAUCUGUCCGUCUCUUACUUUGGGCAGAUUCUUGAUUAUUUGCAGUGCAUGUAAUUGCAUUGAUUUACACUUGUCACCCUUGCUUCUCCCAUCCUGCCACUCUCUUUGCCGUCACCUCUCACAUUCAGUAUUUCAUUUGUUUAUUUAAGAUUGAAAGACCCCUGGAGCUGCAACCUGUCACUCUAAAGCCCCAUGUAAGCUAAUGGUGCCAUAUAAAUGAUAAUCAUCUAGGGAAAAAAUAGCAACGGAACAGCAAAGGGACAAUAUUAUUAUUGGUUUUUAAUGAUGUUUUUAUUGGUUUUUAAAUUUUAUAGUGUUUUAGUACAUUUUAAGCUGCCCUAAUGUAUGUCUAUGAAAAGCACACCUUAUAAAUACUUUAAUAAUAAAUAAAUAACGUGUGUGGAAUGACCAAACUGGCUGUACCAUUUCCAGCAACAUGCUGCCAUGUCUACAAAAAGGCAGGCUAAUUAAAGGAUGGGGGACACUCCUACCUCUCCACCUUGGAUUCAUCCUGCACCAACGUAAGCAUUUGUGAUGCCAGGGGGCCAGAGCUGGUGCAA